UCUGUGUCUAGGGAAGUGAAUCUACGCUUCUGAGUGACUGCGCUUCAUCUACAACUAAAUUCUGAUUAUUCUUGAAAAAAAUCCUCUAAUCUGAGUCAAUUUAUUCUUUAACUAAUGCAGUCGCUCAGUAAAAGCGGGUGAUUUUUGAAUGAGUGGACCAGAGAGACUGUUAUCCUCAAUAAGAGCAGCUCUCGGUUAUUCUUUAGGCACUUUACCCUCAGAACAGCGUUCAGCUGACAUGUGGGAAUGGCAGAUUUUGAGUCUCACAGGCUUCAUCUCUCUAGUUAUUCUUCUCGUAGCUGUAUGUUAUAUCCUGUACUCUGGCCUGGCCACUGAAAUCCACACCAGGACUGGUUUUCCCCCGGUCAGGAGCAUCACUAUAGCCUAUAAAUACAGAGUGGGACCUUAUAAAGACUGUGGGUCUCUGUUCAGAGAGAGCUGCAGCAUUGGACCCACGCUGCCACGCAUUGGGAUCUUUUAUGAUGAUCCAAAGAAGGUUCCAGCACAGAAGUGUCGCUAUGCGGUGGGCAGUAUUUUGAGUGAAAGUGAGGAUGCACCCAGUGAGGAUCAGCAGCAGCUGUAUGAGAAGCUCGGCUUCCGAGUUUUUUCUUUCCCAGAGGUCACACAUGUCGUCACAGCAUCCUUUCCUCACCGAACCCCUCUCUCUAUUUUCCUGGGGGUGCGGAGGGUUUAUCCACAGCUGAACUGCUACAUCAAGGAAAGGAAGUUGUGCGCACAUCCAUUUCUAGAGAUCUACAAAGGGGGAAUGAUCCACUAUAUGGCUCCGCUGGCUCGGCAGGGUGAUUUCUAUGUUCCCGAAGUUAGAGAGGCCCAAAGAUGGUUAUUGGGAAAAGAGUCUGAAGAGGACCGGAGGACAGACAUCACAGGUGAUGACUCCCACAGCGAGUGCAGUUCUGUGAGCCGUCUGCCCCCCUCGGAAAGCAGAGACACCUCACCUGCCCCGUCCACCACACGGACGCACUCACACAGAGACAGAGACCGAUCCUGGGACCUCGACCAUGUGGAGAGCAGCGACACCUCCAGCGUUUCUUCCUUCGAGGAGCUGGACCUCGACUCAGACAGGACGGACAGGUGUGAGCACACCCCUCCACCAAUCACAGGAAGCGGCAAAAACAACCUGCAGGGCCAAGACAGAGAGAUGCUGGUCGAGGAAGAGUGAGAGAACACAACUGUGGGAAAUGUGAAGGAAGUGAAUAUAGUUUUCAGUUGGUUUUAAAGAGAUAGUUCACCAAAAAAUUUGAUAUUGUCAUUGUGUUUUUUGUGCAGAAAACCAGAUCACUUUUUGCACAAUCAUAACAUAGUCUUGCCAACUUUCAAACUCCAAAAAGUGUUCAUAAAAAUGGUCCACUUGUUUGUUCUAUGCUAUGAUGUGAAAUUAUUUUCCUUUUUGCUUUUUAGUUUUCCAUUUAGUUUUAAAAACUUUUAAUAGUUUCAAUUUACAAAAGCAACACUGAUUAAAGUCUUCUGAAGCUAUUUGAUAGGUUUCAAAAGUUCAUGGUACAUUCUAACAAAUAUUCUGUUGCUACAUACACUACAUUAAAUGUUUUGUUUGGGUAAAAGCCAUAAAGUUUCAGACUUGAGUAAAUAUGAAAAAGAAGGGUCAGAGUUGAGUAGAUUAUGUUGUUUAUCAAUGAAUAAACACUUUAUUUUACUCUGUUUCUCAUAAAACUAUGGUAUGGCUUGGAUGGGAUUUCAAACCAUUUUUUAACGGUUCAUAUAUUCCCAAUUUUGUCAUCUACAGAAAAAAAAA